GAUGGCCGACAGCGGCCGCCACUUUUGAAUAGAAAUAUUGUCAUUUUGUACAGCGCUUUUGUCAAUUUUUGUUGACAAGUUACAACUCAACUAGUAAUGCAAUAUGUACAUGUACAAUUCUUACACUGACAAAGUUCACCUGCGAAAAACAUUAAAAUUCUUUCGUGGGAUAUGAAAUAAAACAGGUGACUUGAAAGAGAUAAUGUUCUAUCAGUUCUUCGAUAAUAUAGCAAAGGAAGUGAAUUUCACACUUAAUUAGUCUGGAGCUAGAUUCUGUUUACGUCAAAAGUGCACCGCAUUGUAUGAAGAAAUAAUGACCGAUACAAAUAGUUUGUUACUAGAAUACGCCGCCAAAAAUAUGAGCCACAAAGAAAUUUCAUUGGUGAUGAUCAAGGAGCAUAAUAUACAUUUGAGCUCUAACGCGGUGGGGAAGCGUUUGCUACGGUGUGAUUAUCCACCAAGGCGAGGAUCAACAGGGUACAGUGAUGCAAAACUGGAACGUAAAAUAAAGGACAUGCUACAAUCUUCGCCACCGACAGUUGGCUAUAGACAUAUGACAGACAAGCUCAGACAUCUAAAUAUACCAGUUCGCAGAGAUAAAGUAAUGGAAAUUAUGAGACGAAUUGACCCACUCGGUGUUGAUUUUCGAAGACGCCGUCGCAUCAAACGAAAAAUAUAUUAUUCACAGGGUCCAAAUUAUAUAUUGCAUGUUGAUGGAUAUGACAAAUUAAAACCGUUUGGAUUUCCUAUUCAUGGAUGCAUAGAUGGGUUUUCACGACGAAUUAUGUGGCUUGAAGUAGGGCCUUCUAACAAUGAUCCAGAGAUAGUGGCCUGCAAUUUUGUCCAAACUGUAGCGGCUUUGAGAGGUAUCAAAUAAUAUUACAAACUUUCUAUUCAGUUUCUGUACUUGCAAUCAUGCAUAUAUUCUGUAUGAAAAUUCAUUAUUAUAUAACAUGUAUAAUAGGAUGCCCAAGAAUACUACAAAGUGACCCGGGAACAGAAAACAUAACCAUGGGUGCUCUUCAGUGUUUGUAUCGAAAUCCAGAACAAGAUCAGUCCACGGCAAGAGACUGUUAUCGAGUUACCAGAUCAGUUUUCAAUCAGAGAAUUGAGGCAUGGUGGAGCAUGAUGCGCCGGCAUGAAAUGGAAUGGUGGAUAUCUUUUUUCAAGGAAUUGGAGACUGAUGGUUUCUUUCGUAAAGAUGUGAUAAAUGAUGUGUAUUCAUUGCGAUUUUGCUUUAUGCCAGUUCUACAAAACGUCCUGGAUGCGGUAAAAGAACAAUGGAACAAUCACCCAAUAGCAUACAACAGACACUCUGCUUGUCCACAUGGUCGUCCAAAUGUACUUUAUAUACUGCCAGAGGAAAAGGGAUUCUCUGAUUGCAUUCACCCCGUUUCUGAAGAAGAUAUUAACUUCAGCAAACUGCAGUGCAAGGUUCCAACUAGAAGUGGAUCUUUGGAAUUUGACAAUUAUUCUAAUGCUUUGUUUGGACGAAAAGGGUGGAGUGAUGCAACUUCCUGGCAAGAAGCACUUGAGCAAUAUUUUGAACUGGUUGCAAAUAAUAUGAAUUAAUCCUAUUUUCAACUUUUUCCUGGUGUUUGUUUUUUUCUUUUUUUU